AUGUGCGCAAUUGAGCUGCUGGGGGCGAUGGUGUUCGAUGACAGCGACGCCGGGCGCGCCGUGGAGGGCGCCGCGCUACGCAACGCGGCGCUCUCGCCCGCUCUGGUCAAGGCAAUGAUGUGGCCCCCAGCCAUGGCGGUGCUGGCCGACCUCCUACGCCGCCCCGCCACGGGCCCGCUCGCCGCCGCCGCCUUGGCCGACGACUCGCCGGGGUCGCGCCCCUGCGGCACAACUUCCACCGCCUCGGACCUGCUGCUGAGGAUGCUCUCGAGCGGCGGCCGCAUGGGACCAGUGCUGCCCGCAGCCGCCUCGAUCUAUUACGGCCUGCGGGUCGAGCCGCUGCGCAGCGCUCUGAUUGCAAAAGCAGACCUCAUCCAUGCGCUGCACGCGGGCAUCGUCCCGCGCUUCAUCGCGAGCUCAUUCUCAAUCGCCGCCCUGGCCGAGCUGCUGCGCCCCGAGCCGGCGGGCCAGCAGGCGGCGGCGCUUGUCCGCCUUCUUACGACGCCCGACCCCGGCGUCCCGUGCGAAAUUGACCCGUUGCGAUUCCACGGCCUCAGCCAUAUCAUAGUGCAAUUGUAUGACUUUGUAGGCAAGGGCAACACGUGCGACCGGGCGGGGGAGUGGCCCCAAACCCACUUUGCGGCGCGCGUCCACCACGUGCGGCGGGCCGCGGUCGAGCUGCUCCCCGCGAUUGUCCGCGCCGCCGGCCCUGAGCAGCGCCGGAUUAUCGUGCGCGAGGCGAAAUUUCUCCCUUCUUGCUGCCACAGCUGCGUCAACCGGCUGCUACGGGAGGAAGAUGCCAGGCGGGGCCGCGCAGCCGCGAGCGCGCUGGUGGAGGCGGCACGGCUGCUGCGGGACGCGGCGGCGGAAGGGGGCGACAGGGCAGGAGCGGCAGAGUUUGAUGAGUUCAUCCUCCGCGGGUCAUCGGCGCCGUGA